GGGUGGGGCGAGUGAUGUGACAGUGUGUCACAUGAUUAGCAGGAUCCCCGGGCCACUGGAGCUGGAGCUGGUGCUGCGGCGGUGUAUGAGAGGAGUGCACAGCAGCGGGUGUAAUUAUUCGAUAUCAUGUCCAGUAAAGAGGUGAAAGCUGCACUGAAGAGUGCUAGAGAUGCGAUUAGGAAUAAGGACUACAAAGAAGCUCUCAAGCAGUGUAAGGCUGUGCUGAAGCUGGACAAGAAUAACUACAAUGCCUGGGUUUUCAUUGGCUUGGCUGCGGCUGAGUUGGAACAACCAGACCAGGCCCAUGCUGCCUACAGGAAGGCUGCAGAGCUGGAACCAGAACAGCUAUUAGCAUGGCAGGGGUUGGGAAACUUAUAUGAGAAGAUGAACCAGAAAGAUUUUAAAGAAGAUUUGCCAAAUGUUUACCAAAAACUACUGGAACUUUACAAGAGCUCUGACAACCAGAAGUGGUGUGAAGUUUGUAAGAAACUUGUAGAUCUGUAUCAGCAAGAUGGAAAGUAUUUGCAGGCUGCACUAACCUGGCAACAGUUAAUCAAAUUAAAGCAAGAUGAAGGUAUUAAGAAGGAUGAACUCUACCAGCUCUGGAAAAAGAUGGCUGAGUUGCUAGAAGCAGACAUAGAGCUCCAGGACAAUGAGACCCAGCAGCAGUUCUUAAAUGCCUUUGAAAAUGCCUUCUCCUGCCUGGAUGAGAUACCAGGAGAAGAACACAGGACACUAUACCAGCAAUACAUUCUUGUCCUGUCUAAGAUGCCGCACGAAGAAGCAAAGUUAAAGGAGACAUGUAACCACAUGACUGCAUUGUACCCCUCUAUCUGUUACUCGCUGGAAGUACUUAGCUUGCACUACAUUAAGUCUGGGGACGUUAGUGACGAGGCUGUCCACUGCUACAGCAGGCUUGUGGAAAUGGAACCUUGCAGUGGCCCUGGCUUGAUCGGGAUGGGCAUCAAAUCUCUGCUUGAUAAAAAGUAUGAGCUGGCAGCAGAAAACUUAUCUGAAGGAGUGAAGAAUGUGGCUGCAUGUCCCGCUAGUUGGUGCUUUCUGGCACAAGCUCAGCUGAAACUACACAAACAUGAAAAGGCCGCUUUGUCCUGUGAGCAAGUGAUGAAGUUACUCUCGCAGGAUAAGCUAUCACAAGGAGACACUCAGCAGAAGGAUCUAGCUCUGCGGCUGAAAGCAGAGGCCUUGCUGGAAUACUCUGAUACAGAUCGCACUGAGGAGAUACUGAGCACGCUAGAUCAGAUAUCCAAUAAAAAUGAUGACCCCAUUCUUAUUGCUCUUAAGGGCCAGGUGUACUUAAAGAAAGGAUAUGUGGAACAAGCUUCAAAAAUCUCAAGAGAACUCCGGCAGUUGCACCCUGAGUUUGCACACAGUUAUUUUUUGGAGGGCCAAAUCCAUUACAUUCAAAAGACGUAUACGGAGGCGGAGAAAAGUUUUCAGGCUGCCAUUGAAAGGAAUCCAGAGAUUGCAAACUAUUAUUUCUACCUUGGUCUUACCUACUGGUUUAUGAGUGAAGAAACCAAGAGAGACAAAGCAAAGGCAGUUACACAGUUUUUGAAGGCUGCAAAGCUGGACCCCUAUCUGUCCAAAGUGUUCUGUUACUUGGGUCAUUACUACCGAGAAGUUGCUGGUGACAGGAGCCGUGCUCGUGGCUGCUAUAAGAAGGCAUUUGACCUGGAUGGGGGAGAUGGAGAGUCAGGAGCAGCAGCAGUUGAUCUGAGUGUGGAGCUCGGUGACAUGGACACUGCAUUAGCCAUUCUGACGAGUGUAACAGAACGAGCAAGUGCAGGAACAGCUAAAUGGGCGUGGCUUAGACGUGGCCUGUUCUAUCUGAGAGUCGGUCAGCAUUCUAAGGCCGUAUCUGACUUGCACGCUGCUCUGAGAGCUGAUCCUAAGGAUCCCAACUGCUGGGAGUGUUUAGGGGAAGCCUAUCUGAGUCGAGGUGGCUACAGUACUGCCCUGAAAUCCUUCAUGAAAGCCAGCGAACUGAACCCGGACUCGAUGUACAGCGCGUACAAAAUAGCUUCUAUCAAACAGAUCCUGGGCACAUAUAAAGAAGCCGUAACUGAAUACCAGCAUAUCAUAAAGAAGUAUGGAGAAUAUGUGCCGGCGCUUAAAGGUCUAGGUGAGUGUCACCUAAUGCUUGCAAAGGCUGCGCUUGCAGAUUUCCUGGAUGCAAAGGCAGUGGAUGGCAUUGAAAAGGCUCUCGAAUAUCUGACAAGAGCUGUUCAGCAGCGGCCUGAUCUCUUAUGCCUGUGGAAACUGCUUGGUGAUGUAUGCACCUGCCUACAUAUGGUCUCACCUGCCAAGGCCCGGGUUAAUGUCCUGGGUGCCCUUCUUGGGCAGAACAAGGGCCAACAGCUAAUGAAUAAAUCUGAGAUCUUGGAGAUAGGGGGAAGGUGUUAUGGUCGGGCACUGAAGCUUCAGCUGUCUGCAAAUAUCUGGUGUGACCUUGGUAUCAAUUACUUCUACCAAGCACAGAGCUUAUUGGGAUCGGAGAGCAAAGAAAGAAACAGCAGCGACUUAUUGGAAAAAUCUGUGCAGUGCAUUAAGAAAUCCGUCAUGAUGGAGAGCAGCAAUCACCAGUACUGGAAUGCCCUUGGUGUUGUUUGUUGCUAUAAAGGUAUCGACAAUAAGGCUCUUGCUCAACAUUCUUUCAUUAAAUCAGUCCAGUGUCAGCCAAAUAAUGCUGCUGCUUGGACUAAUCUUGGUGCCUUAUAUUUGGUGAAUGAAAAUAUUGAGCUAAGCCAUCAGGCUUUCAACGUAGCUCAGUCCUUAGACCCUUUGUAUGUGAGAUGCUGGAUAGGUCAGGCCUUGAUUGCGGAAGCGGUUGACAGCUAUGAAACUAUGGAUCUCUUCAGGCACACCACUGAGCUCAGUAUGCAUGCAGAGGGCGCAAAGGGCUAUGCUCACUGGGUCUGUACUACCCUCCAGGAUAAAAGCAAUAGAAAUACAGAUCUUUACCGCUAUAACAUUGUCCAGAUGAAUGCUAUUACCGCAGCUCACCUAGCUUUGCACAAAUAUACAGAUCGGAUUCAGAAUGAUCCAUCAGCAUUUGCAAUGCUGGGAUAUUUAAAUGAACAUCUAAAACUAAAGAUCCAGGCAAAUGAAGCUUACCAAAGAGCUGUUCUGAUUCUUCGAGAUAAAGAUGACAAAGAAUAUUAUAAUCGUGCCCUUCUGGAUUAUGGACGAUCACUUUGCGCUGUAGGUCAAUAUGAUGAUGCCAUUGAAGCCUACAUGUCAAGUCCUCUAAGAGAGUUUGAUGACCUCACCGGACUGGCUCUUGCAUACUUCAAGAAAGGACUUUUGCAGGAGAGCAUGAAAGCUUACAAGACGGCUUUAUCCGUUUCCAAGACGGAGAAGGAGAAGGCACACAUCCUCACAGCCAUGGCAAUAAUUCAGUACCGCCAGGGUGACUCUGAGUCCUCCAAGACACUCCUCUUUAAAUGCUCUGUACUGAAGGAAUCCAGCAUUGAAAGUCUUAAAGCUCUGUGUGCUUUGGGUCUGGCAAAGCAUGACGUUACCCUGGCAACAGCUGCUCUUAAUGAGCUACUCAAGCACGUUCAAAUUAAGGCUAAUAUCUAUGAGAAAUGCCUUAUUACCUGUGCUAUAUAUGCUUUGCAAGGAAGGAGCGCUGCUGUGCAGAGACAGGCCUGCAAAGCAGUACACAGCCACCCAGGAAACCCUGAGCUGUGGUGUCUCUUAGCGAGGAUUGUUCCUCAACAUGCUUCCAGAUAUGCCAAGGGUGGAGCAGCCGCUGGCAUUGUUGCACACACUCUCAAUUUAAGUCAGGCGAAGACGUCUCUGUUAUACACAGCAGUAAAUGAACUGGCAGCUGGGUCUCUGGCAUCUGACAAUGAAAAGCAAAAUGCUUUGAAAACCCUGCAAAGAGCAGCACAAUUAUUUCCAGAUAAUCCUGCAGUGUGGGCUGGAUUAUUGGCUGCUGCUCAUGUGAGAUAUACAGCUUCGUACCUCAAUAAAGCACCCGCCAAACACACAGGACUUAAUUAUAACUUUGUAGCCUCCAUUAAAUCCAAGAUGGAAAGAACAAAGAAACUUCCUGACAGUUAUGUUCUGUCCCUGGAGACUUGGUCAUUGUGUCAAGCUGUUUGCUUAUUAAAUGCUCAAAAUAGACUAUCAGAGGCCGAGGAGCUUUGUGCCAAGGCAUUACAAAACUUCCCAGACCAGCCAUCUUUAUUUAUGCUGUUAAGGAAAAUUCAGGUCAGACACCUGUUACAGUCUCAAGCUGCAUUAUCCGAGUCGGUUCUGGAGGAGCUCCAGAAGACUGUGAUGUCUAACUCAAGUUUGCAUACUGCCUGGCAUUGGUUGGCUGAGGUGUACCAGUCCCAAGGCUUGAUGAUGGGGGCAGAGAUGUGCUACAGGAAGAGUUUACAGCUGGCAUCUCAACAUGGGGACUGGAUUGGGAAACUCUCAAGUCUGCUGCGAUUAGCUCUUCUUGCUAAUAGAGUUUGUAUGGCUAAGAUUCCCGAUACUCGCUGGCCAGCGCUCCUGCAGGAGGCCACAAGUGAAGUUUUGAAAAUGACCUCUUGUCCAUUGGCCAUUCUACUUCAGGGUAUUCUGCAGUUCAGUACAAAGGGGUCGCGGAAAACUCGUCAGCUUUUGGAGAAAGUGGUUUAUCAGGGCACAUGCAGUGAGACAGUAGCUUCUGUCGCUCGCUGGUAUCUCCUAAGACAUUUACAUGCCAAAAAUGAUGAUCAGUUAAUUGAAGUGCUUUUACAAAAUGCCAAAGCUAACGAUGAUGACAGAGUCCUGGAACUCCACAGUCAGCUGUCCAAAAGUUCAUAGAGUCCAAUUUUGUGGAUCCCACCAUCAUUUAAAAGACAUCAUGCCAUAAUGUAAUCUGUUACUUUGUGAUAGAUCAGUGCACUGCUUAAUAAAAUUUACUGCGUUGAACACA